AUGGUGUCGGUUCCCCUCCCAAGCGCCUCUAAACUGGACGUAGGGCGCUGGUCCGACCCGUCUCGUUUAUCCCCCACCAGCAACGACAACUCAAACGCCAACGCGGUUAUCGAGCGCACCCGCUCCGUCAAAGUCGACGCGAACGACUACUCACGGUUCAAAACCAUUGGCGCGGACGUGGACGAGGACGACGCGGAGGCCAACGGCGCAGCUGCUGCCGAGAAGCCGCAAGCUGCAGACGCGCUCCAGUGCCGCAACUGCCGCAAAAACGGGGCCAAGCUCAAGUGCAGCGUGUGCAGGAAGGCCGUCUACUGUGCGCGCAAGUGCCAGGCGAGCGACUGGCCGUUCCACAAGCGCAUCUGCAAGACUCCAGAGCUUGCAAAGAAAGCGCUGACGCCACCGUCGCCACCUCCUCGUGGCGCGAAGGCUCCUGUGGCUGCUUCGACGAAGACAAAGACAGCAGCAACUGCGUCGAGUGGUAGCAAGACCAAGACAAGCGGUGGGUCCGCUGUUCUGGUGACGGAAGAGCCGGACCUGCCGAACGAUGUGCGGGGGUACAAGAACGGCUUGCCGUACUUCCAUCGAGAGCUGUCUAAGGAAGAGAAGAAUCUGAUUGGAGACAUUGCACCGCAGAAGAUUGAGACGACGCCCGUGGCGGUGUCGUCGAGGCAACAUGAUGGAUCGGCGUGGAACACAGCAGGUACAUUUGAAGAGCGAGUGGUGACCAAGUGGGCGGAAAACAAAUGGAACGAGAUCAUUACAGGAGCGACGUAUGUGGAAGGCAGUAUGCAGGCAGUGUUGAAGGCACCAGAGAAGUUUACGGGAGAUGCGAGUAUCUGUGUCGUCCGAGGCAAGAAGCGGUAUUUGUUUGACUUUAACUUCAAGCUGCCCUUUGAAGUCUCGGUAAGUGGCAGCGGUAUUUGCAAGGGGUCGUACGAAAUGAACGACAUCUCGAACGAUGAGGACUAUGAGAUAUCCUGCACGAUGACUGACAAGCUCAGCCAAGCUAGUGCGCAAAGCGCUGUGCAGGCGUUCGUCGCGAAGAAAAACAGCGGGUUGCAGAAGGAGCUGUUACGGCUCAUUGGUGUGUUUGUGAACGAUUUCCAGCAACAAUGA